AUCUCCAGCACAAAUCCUCUCCACGCUCCUCCCCUCGGAUUUCACCUCGUCCAGGCCGCUGCCCAGGCUGCCACCCACCCUCACCGGACUGAGCCCCUCCCCAGGGCCACGCCUUUGGAUAACAUAAUGCUGCCCUCAGAAUUAGAUGUCGUCCGUCCAUUACCUCCUUGGAUGGGAGAACCCUUAAACAAGUUAGCCUCUCCGUGCCUUCUUUUUCUCAUCUAUAAAUGGGGGACUCAAACGGGAACUAACCCUUAGGGAGGGGAGGAUUGAACAGGAGUGCGUCCCGCGACAGCUGCAUCGGACGGAGUGAGUGCUGUGUGUGAGCCGUGUUUACAGUUCCCAGCACUGCUGACUGAAUGCGGACCAUGGCCCUCCGCGCCACCCCUGAGACCACCCGUCGUGGCCCCCAAGGUCUCACUUUGAGAGAUGAACUGGCUUGGCAGCAGCAUCAACAGAUGCCCCAAUGCGGGACCUGGCUCUUUGAGGGGGGACCAGAAGCCAUCCUGGAAGGGGGAAGGGGUCUGGCUGGGGAUGCAGCAGCCGCAUAAACCCGAUGUCAGCCAGCGGAAUCAUGGAGUCUUCCGAGACCUUCAUGAGACAUCUGCCAAUCGCACCAGGCUACAGUGGUUUUGUGCCCUACCUUAGCUGCCAGCAAGCCUCCAGCAAGGACAACAUGGCCCACUGUCUGAAGAUCUUCCAGGAGAGCACACAGCACUAUAAAAACCAGAUGGAGGAAUUUCGCUGCUCGGUGGCCACUGCCCGGAGGCUGAAGCCCGUCUGCUCCGAGGAGACCGUCCUGCGGGCGCUCUACCAGUACUAUCGGCAAUACCACCCCCUGAAUCUGGAAUGCAAAAACAGAAAGAAACCUUUCCAGGAGCCCCCGAUCCCUGGCUGGGCUGGCUACCUCCCGAGAGCCAGGGUCACCGAAUUGGGCUGCGCCACGCGGUAUGCUGUCAUGGCCAGAAACUGCUACAGGGACUUCCUGGGCAUCAUGGAGCAGGCCAAGAGGGCGCACCUGAAGCCAUUUGAGGAAAUAUAUGGAGUUGGGUCCACACAACCUCCUUCUGCCCCUUCUCCAGAAGUUUUGCAGUAUGGAGGGCAGCUGCCCCGAUAUCCGGAUUUUUCUCUCCCAGGUGGGAGCUGUCUUGGCUACGGAAGACCCCUGACAGAGGACCCCAGACCUCCAGUGACGUGUGGCUGUGCCCAAAGGACAAAUAUGUCGUGCAACGGGAAGAUUUAUCUUGAGCCACUGUCCUCAGCAAAGUAUGCAGAAAGCUGAUGCAGACAGCCUCCCAGGGAGAGGCACUCUCUCUGCCCUCGCUCUGCAUCCACUGGCCCUCAGAAGACAUCGAAUGCAGCUCCCGGAGCUGAGAGACCGGUGCAGGCAUCCAAAGGCUCAAUAACGGGCAGAGCCGAAACGAUACAAUGCCCUCGACUCCUGGGAGUCUUGCACAGGGCGGGAAUUUUCACUGGGGUUCCCUGGGCAGAAAAAUCAGGUGUCAAAUCUUUAACUCCGAUGAGUAUAAAGAACUUUGAUGAGAAAGGAGUUACCUCUUUGUUUUUACAAACCUCCAAGUGUGAUUUAGUAUUCCCUUCAUUUACGCAACAGACCACAGCCGUCCGUACCUGUCACCUUGGCCUAAUAGAAGCCACGGGUUUGGACCAUGACUUUUGUUACAUACAGCUUAACGUAAUGUCAGUGUUGAUCACUACUUUAUAAUUAUGUAGUUAUUAGCGCGACCAUAUCUACACCCUAACAUACUGCUCUUCAGUCUAUGUAUAAACACAUGAUUAGUUCAUAAAAUUGUCCUAUUUAAUACUUUGAUCAUAGUUCAAUAUAAUUAGUUUCCCUUGUAAUGU